AUGAAUCAAGACAAGUCGUCCCAAGUUACCACCGGUCCACUUCCCAAGAGUGUGAAGGUCCGAACGACUUGCAACGCUUGCCAGCAGGCUAAGAUUCGCUGCAGCCAUGAGAAGCCAUCAUGUUUACGAUGCCAAAAGCACAACUACAGCUGUAUCUACAGUAUUUCUCGACGCUUGGGGCGACCGGCCAAGAAAAAAGAUACUGCAGCGAGUGGAAGUCAUUUCAACAUGCAAAAACAUGCCCGGGGCCCUCUGGGUAAGAGAUUUCGUGGAUACCCUAGAAAGAAGAGGAUUAUAGAGGAGCCGGUGCACGAAGCCAGAGCCAACCUACCAAGCUACCCAUGUGUCAAUGAGAGAGCGAUGCUUGACAACAAUGCAAGCGAUGGCCUCGAGAACCUUGGUAUUGAUGAUGCUAGUCUACACCAAGACUGCUUCAUGGAUCCUAAUCAUCUAAAAGUUUCUGACGGCAACGACCUAUCUCCAGAUAAUUGGUUACAGGAGUUCAUGUCUAAUCCUGUCGCUGAUCUAGUGCAGGAGCGCGAACUGCUAGACUCACUCGGCUUGAACAACACCAAGGCUGAGAGCGUCAAUAACACAAGUCCCUCUCAUUCAAGUCACUUCACAAGCCCAUCAAGAAGUUUCCUCACAACGGAUUCUCAAGAACAAGCCCCAGAGUGCUACUACCUGGCUCCGAGCAAUUUCCCUAGUCACAGCCAGUCCCCUGCUGAUGACGCCCACGGACUGGCAGACAGUCGGAACUCUGACCCUGAAGCUUUGAAGAAAGACUCUUUGGCCUGGCUACAGCCGGCUACAUCGUCUAUCGAUAGUAUUCCACCAACGGUAACGAGAGUGAUGUCAGCGACGGAGCCUUCCGGCAGUUUCAUCCCAACCAGAGCUCCGAAUCUUAAUGACGUCUACAACUAUGUGCCAGAACACUUCAAGACAAACCCCACCAUGACUAGUUUCCAGUAUCAGUGCCAAUGCCACGAACCGACGAUACGCGAGUUGAUUCAGGUCAAUAACUUUGCAUCGCGUGCGGGACCUGCGGCUACGAUUGACUCCAUUUUGAAUUGUCAACGCGUGCUGCAACAACUUUCGCACACCAUCCUUCAAUGCACUCUAUGUUCCCGUACUUGGAUUAACCUCCUAAUGAUGGUUGUGGUCAGCAUUGACAGUCUAGUGACCGCUCUAGAAGCAAUUAUAUCGCUGGACAGCGGACUAGCAGAGAGAUUGUUCGCCGAGAAUUACGAGCCCCCCCCUACAGGUAACAGACCCGAUAACGUUCCCAACGCGAACCUUAGACGAUGCCGAUCAAGCAACCACUAUCUGAAGACACAGGUGGAUGCCUGUCCGUUAGUGGUAGGAGGGUUCUGUGUUCCAUUCGAGGACAAAUUUCUUUUCAUAGCACAGGUGCUGUACCUUCGGUUAUCAGAACUGCAAAUGAUUGUUCGUCGCAUUCGUCUAUGUACGCAAGAGUUUCUGGCUGUACCUGCUGCCCGGGGCAGGCUGGGAAUGAUAUUGGAGACCGAUCAGCGGCUGGAGCUAGUUAUGAUGAAGACUAAAUUGCUAGCACACUGCUCCUGCUCGAUACGUCUCCUGCAGUUCAUGACCGAGUGUCGGAACCUUCAACCGGUCGUGGAGCUCGCCACCAUCCUGGACCUAGUCCACCGGGUCAUUACCAAUGGGAAAGCGAUCGUGAAGUGCAAGGGCUGCCGCAGCAACCCGCACUCGUCCUUUGCAAUGCUGCCCGCGCUGGCCGAGCAGUGCCUGACCCUCCUCGAGGCCGGCAGUCUGGCCUACAGCAUCACGAGCACCAACAGCAGCACGCUUCUAGACCCCACGGUGCUGGCGUUCGAGCAGCCGCUGUCGCAGUACAUCUGUCUGCGCAGCCCGUCGCAGCUGGGUCGCAUGGAGCUCGACGAGAAGGAAGCUACCCUCCUGCCGGCCUUGCCGGCCCUGGGUCAUGCCGUGCUGCACCCAUGCGAGUCGGUGGUCGAAACCACGCUUCGGCGGUUCGUGGUGUUUCUAGAACAGAUCAAGUUCGAG